CGACAAUGGCUGAAAAAGAAUCUGAGUACGACAGUACUUCGGACUCGAACCUAGUCUCCGAUCAGUCGACGCACCCUAGCACCACCGCCACCGCCGCCGCUGGUGGUUUUGAAAUCACCUGCUUUAGCGAGCUCGUCGAUGACGCUACCUUCUACUUCCAAAUCAUUCGUUUCCCUAAACAGAUAUAUGCAUGGAUCGGUUGCAACUCUACGAAAUUCGGUGACUUGUACGCAGCUGCAUCGACACGACCUGGAAGAUUAUAACCUUCAAAUUUAGGGAUUAAUAAUUGAUAAUGAAUAGUGAUUAAGCAGUCAAUGUUUUGAUGGGGGAAACAGAACAAUAUGGUCGGUGUGACUUCCAUUCUUGGAGGUUCUUCAGAUAACACUGGGUCUGGAAUCGCUAGGCGAUUAGUGUUAAAAACUGGUCUUAACAUAAUUAUUGCUUGCAAUAUCCCAAAGAAUAGCCCCAUGCUUGAGGGGUACGAUGCCCCCCCUAGCCCUACUUAUCGUCUGUCUGUUUUCACCUAGUACUGGUAUUGAAGAGAUUGUUUGUUUGAGUAUUCUCACAUUUUGAUUAUUCUCACAUUCCCUUCACAUUUUUAGAUUUUCAUUUUGCAUUUGACACAAGUUUUUAAAUUUUGGCCUGAAGCCAUAUCCAGACUUGCGGGAAAACUUAAUGGAUUUUAACCAUUGGUAGACCAAUAAUUUUCCCAUGUGAGUGAGAAUGGUGAGAAGACAAGCAUAUUGCUGGUUAAUUGCUCUAAUAGCCCUACACUCUCUUUCCAAUUCAAGUAAAGAGAGGAGCAUUGUCUAAUAAUUUCAUCUGCUGUGACAUAUUCUUACAUGCUUUGGAACAUGAUGUCGUUGAUUGUACAUUUGCGCUCUUCUCUCUUGGGAUUGUAGGCAAAUGCUGAAAAGAAGCUGAUGGAAAAGUUAUUUAGUUUGGGAUACAAGCAGCCAAGAUAGUGAUUUGUGAGAAUUUUCUUUAAUGGAAAAACCUUCUAUCUUCAUCCCCGUGAACAUAACAGCAAGGUGUGUCUAACUGCACCACCACCUGGUGGUUCUUUCUCCGUAACUCCACUUUAUUGGUUUGCAAAGUAAACCUCCAAAUGACAAAAUGCCGGCUAUGAUUCCCUAGUUGUUACUGAUUUGUGUUCUAUGAUCUAUGUCUGCUAUGUGCUUUGCUAGGGAAGAUCGGUUUUUGUAAAUUGUCACUAAAGUUGUCGAUUCUUC